AAACCAAUCUCUAACUUCUUCGCAAGGCUCUUUAUCAAGAUCUAUUUGUAAUUUGAGUCAACUUGAAAGGUUAAAUGCAUCUUAUAACAAAUUAAGCGGGCUUAUCCCAAGUUGUUUUGGCAAUAUCAGAACUCUCGGCUAUUUGGAUCUACAAAAAAAUAAUUUUACCGGCAGCAUACCAGAUUUUGCAAAAGGCACCCAAUUAUUUUUGCUUCAACUCAAUGACAAUAAAUUGGAAGGAAAGUUGCCAAGGUCAUUAGUCAAUUGCACAUGGCUCGAAGUUUUAAACCUUGGAAACAAUACUUUGUAUGACACAUUCCCAUCGUGGUUGGGAAAAUUGCCUCGGUUGGUGGUUCUUAUAUUGAGAGCAAAUAGGUUUUAUGGUCUAAUUAAACAUGUGAAAAAUUAUUUUCAAGACUUGGAUGUGCUAGACGUUGCUUUCAAUAAUUUUUCUGGUCAAUUACCAAUUGAAUUCUUUCAAGCCACUGAACUAAGGUCACUCAUAAUCAGUGGGAAUAAAUUGGAAGGGAAGUUGCCGAGUUCAUUAGCCAAUUGCAGAAAUCUUGAAGUUUUGGACCUUUGAAAAAAUAUGAUACAGGACACAUUUCCUUCAUGGUUGGUGAAAUUGCCUUCUUUGAAAGUUCUUGUACUAAGAGCAAAUAGAUUUUAUGGUCCAAUUAAAAUUUCUGAGGAUGAAGAUGCUUUCCCAGAGUUACACAUACUGGACCUUGCUUCCAAUAAUUUUUCAGGUGAGUUAUCUGUUGGAUUUUUCCAAUCUUUGAAGGCAAUGAGAAUGAUGACUGAUGGCAACAGAGCUAAGCCAGAUUAUAUUGGAGAUAAUUACUACCAGGACUCUGUAACAAUUGUGAAUAAAGGGUUUGUAAUGUUUUAUGAGAAAAUCUUAACCAUCCUUAUUUGUCUUGACCUUUCCAAUAAUAGUUUCCAUGGGAGAAUACCGGAAGAAAUACAAAACCUCAAGUCACUCAAAGUGCUAAACUUAUCCUUCAACAGCUUCCUUGGCCCAAUUCCUUUAGCACUUGGAAACUUAACUGAGCUUGAGUCGUUGGACCUCUCCCAAAACAAACUCUCCGGAAGGAUUCCUCUACAGCUUACAAGCCUAACAUUUCUUGAAGUAUUGAAUCUCUCUUACAACCAACUUGAGGGAAGCAUACCACAAAGCUACCAAUUCGGUACAUUUUCAAACGAUUCUUACAAAGGGAAUCCAAGAUUAUGUGGGCUGCCUCUGACAAGGAAAUGCAAUGAAGAUGGUCCUGGAAUGCCAACCCCUAAGGAAGAUGCAGAUUCAUGGGUAGAUGGUUUAUCUGACAGGAAAAUUGUGUUGAUAGGGUAUGGAUGUGGAUUGGUCAUUGGAUUAUGUACUGGAUAUACAGUGCUGAAUGAGUUGGGGAACAAAUGGUUGGAAAGGUUUACACGGAAUUGGAAUCGAAAAUGGAGAAGAUCAAGGUGACUCAAUCAAAAUUCAAGUUUCAAUGUCAUUUGGAGCACAAUAGAAGGAAGUUUGGCAGGCCUUCUAGAUAUAUAGAAGCUAUUGUUUCAGCUAUCAAAAGUUCCUUUUGGCUUCGAUUCAAUAACAGGAUUGCAGUCUCCAGUUCCACUCUUCCUUUUCAACAACAGAAAUUGUGCCUGAAUGUUUUUGGCCUGGUGUUAUGGUAUCUGUGUCUCAGUUCUUUCUCUUAUGCUCGCCUAGGAUGAUUGGCGGUAAUGUCUGGUUGUAUUGUGCUCCUCUUCUGUUCUAUCUAUAGGGUGGUGUUCUACUGCUGAGUUAUGAGGUUCCCCUGUUGUGUAACUCUGUUUUUAUUAAUAAAUUUCUGGCUUAGCAAAAAAAUGUGUCUGAAUUGGGGACUGGUUCCUUAAUGUUGCUUAGUUUGAUUACUUUGCAAAAGUUAGACUCUUUUGUUAAUUAGUUUGCUUUAUUUGCUAGUUCUUGGAAGUUUGUAACGUUGGCUUGCUGUUUACUUGUAGCAUACCUACUGCUUUUUUUGGAUUAAUAAAAAUCAUUUAUCCAAAAUAAAUUCUUAACAAGAAUCUUAUCGUCUUUUAAACUCUUUAUUAUUGUUAUACCUAAGUGGUCGUGUCAGCAGCCACAUAGUAGAUCUUACACAUGAGAGCCCAGUUUGCUAUGUCGUCAUCUAAGAAGCAU